AUGUUUUUACGCUCCAAGAGGUACAAAUUGUCAUCAGACGAUGCGGUGUCUCAUAGUAGCUACAAGAACGCAUACCAAGAGCGCCCCGCCUCGGCACCAACAGCUGGGGGCGCGCCCCGCGUAGAGCACCGGCUCCACCUAGUGAAACGAAAUGGUAUGUCUUUGACACCGGAACCGCCAGAAGAGAAAUGCGAUCUUUCCCCCCGCUUGUAUACGAUCUCUUUACCGCCAGCUGUGGAACCUCCUUGUGCUAUGUACCCUGCAUUCGAUGUGUCACGCCUGUCGAAGCACGAACAGCACAUAGUUGAGGCCCUUGUGGCAGAAGUUGCUGAUGCCAUUGCUUUCCCCAGUCUUCAGGAGGAACUGACCCAGUGA